AUGCCAGAGGAGCAGCAGAAAAAGCUGGAGGCAGAGGCCAAGGAGCGAAGCAAGGAAGCCGGCCACGACGUUCCCACAGAACUUGUGUUCCGUGAGGCCAGUCGUGCCGACUUGGUCGCCCAAUAUCUGGGCCAGACUGCUCCCAAGGUCGAGAAGGCCGUGGAGAACGCACUGGGUGGUGUUCUCUUCAUCGACGAGGCAUAUGCACUGGUGCGCGAGGGCAAGGACACCUUUGGCCAGGAAGCAGUGGACACGCUGAUCAAGGAGAUGGAAGACAAGCGCAAGAACGUCAUUGUCAUCCUCGCCGGCUAUGAGUCGGAGAUGGACACCUUCUUCGAUUCGAAUCCGGGUUUCAAGUCCCGCGUUCCCUUCAGCUUCCGCUUCGAGGAUUACAGCUGCAGCGAGCUUGGCCAGAUUGGCAACCUUGUCCUUUCUUCUCAGGGCCUUGCCGUGCCGCCGCAAGUCGGCACUCAGUUCGUGGACCUCAUCUCCUUUGCCAGCGGCUGCUGCAACAACGUUGCAGAUGCCGACUGCCACCCAUCCAGGGACAACGGCAACGGCCGCACUGUUCGAAACGUCGUCGAGGCCCUUCAACGUGCCAUGGCACGUCGAGUCGUUCGUGGCAAGGGUAGGAGCGCGGAAGAGCUGGGCACUCUGACGGCGGCGGAUGUCGUUGCAGUCGCGGAGGAACAAGCAAAGACCCGACUGGAGGGGCCCUGCGGUCAAGACGGGCUCUUGUACAAGCUUGCCCAUGCUGCUGCUCAAGAGGCCGGUCUUCGCGCAUGGUUCCAUGAGUACAAGCUGUCCGACCCACGAACGCAGCUGCACAGGAUGGUUCGAGAAACUGGCCGCCUCACCAAGACGAUGUCGUCAUUCCAAAGUCCUCUGUUGGAGUCGUUGAAGUCCGUCUGCAGCGCGGGCCUGGCCAAGCUGGUCAGGCGCAUGGACAGGAAGAUCCAGUACACUUGCGACCGGGCGCUUCCUGCCCUUUCCAGCAAGAUGAGUGAGAGCAACCAGAUGACCGUUGCCGAGUUUGAGCACGAAAUUCGCAAGGUGGAGAUGACUUCCAAGGAGGCGGUCCUCCUGCUCAAGCUCUUGAACGUGGAGGACACACCCGCGCCGCUGGACACUUUGCAGGCGAAGGUGGAAAGUUGUGAGCCGCGCCUGGAUGAGCUCAAGGGUUCAUCGGUAAUGGCUCCUCUCGAGUCGCUGGUUACGUCCCUCAGUGACAUGUGA